GUCGAUAAGGCUUCGCAUCCAGCGCCAUCGCUGUCACCUUCAGAGGCUUCCUCGGCUGUGUGCUCGUGGACGUCGAAUCUGAUCGAAUAUCAUCCACAGUUAACUGCCGCUUCGUGAGGAGCUGCAGCCGCCGAGGGGAGGAUUAACGACCAAAGGGAUUUUAAUAAUUAAUUAAAAAUUUUAAUAAUGGCCUCCCUGAGACUAUUGGCUGCAGGAGCGAGUGCAGUGGGAGCUGGUGCACUUUCAACUUAUUAUCUUACGUCAGAUUCCCCUGUACUGGCGGAUAAAGCGAUUCAUAAACCAAUAAAACGGCCUCUACCUACACGUGAAGAGCAAGUGAAUACCCUGAAAACCCAAGACGAAUACGACGUCCUAAUAAUUGGUGGUGGUGCUACUGGAGCAGGAUGUGCUUUGGACGCUUGCACAAGAGGUUUAAAGACUGCUCUGAUAGAGGGAGACGAUUUUGCUUCGGGCACGUCGUCAAGAAGCACAAAACUGAUCCACGGUGGUGUGCGAUAUUUACAGAAAGCCAUUAUGCAGGCGGAUGUCGAGCAGUAUAAAAUGGUUAAAGAAGCUCUCCAUGAGCGAGCUCAAAUGCUGCAUAGUGCUCCACACUUGGCACACCCAUUGCCUAUUAUGUUACCUGUUUACACGUGGUGGCAGAUCCCUUACUACUGGUUUGGUAUUAAGAUGUAUGACCUUGUAGCUGGCAGCAAAACUGUUAAAUCUUCAUAUUAUUUAAGUAAAUCAAACGCACUCGAAUUAUUUCCCAUGUUGAAGGGAGACAAACUCACUGGGGCUAUCGUUUAUUACGAUGGUCAGCAGGACGACGCCAGAAUGAAUCUCGCGGUGGCCUUGUCAGCUUCACGUUUAGGUGCAACGGUAGUAAAUCACGUGAGCGUUUUAAAUUUGCUGAAGGGAUUAGACAAGGACGGCAAGCGCGUGCUGGUGGGUGCACGUGUCAGAGAUGAAAUGACAGGAGAAGAGUGGGAUGUUAAAGCUAAAGCUAUUAUUAAUGCUACUGGACCGUUUACUGAUAGUAUAAGAAAAAUGGAUGAUCAAACUGUACCAGAAAUCUGUUGUCCAUCCUCGGGUGUUCACAUUGUACUUCCUGGGUACUACAGUCCCGAUCAAAUGGGUCUGCUGGAUCCAGCAACAAGUGACGGUCGUGUCAUCUUCUUCUUGCCUUGGCAGAAGCAAACUAUCGCUGGUACUACUGAUUUGCCUUGUCAGGUGACGCACAACCCGAAACCAACUGAAGAUGAGAUUAUGUUUAUCCUGCAAGAGGUAAAGAACUACCUUAAUCCUGACGUUGAAGUCCGUCGUGGUGAUGUUCUGUCAGCGUGGAGUGGAAUCAGACCAUUGGUGUCUGACCCGAACAAACCAAACACUCAAUCUCUUGCUCGUAACCACAUUGUUCAUGUGAGCCCAACAAAUCUUGUUACCAUUGCUGGAGGAAAGUGGACGACUUAUCGUGCAAUGGCACAGGAAGCUGUUGAUGCAGCAAUCGAUGCUUGUAAUUUGGAGCCAACUGCUGAAUGUCAAACUGACGGAAUGCUGCUGGAAGGUGCUCAUGGAUGGAGUCCUACCAUGUACAUUAGAUUGGUACAAGACUUUGGAUUAGAAUGUGAAGUUGCCCAACAUUUAGCUAAAAGUUACGGUGAUCGAGCAUUCGCUGUCGCUAAAAUGGCAUCACUUACCGGAAAGCGUUGGCCAAUUAUUGGUAAAAAAAUUCAUCCCGAGUUUCCUUACAUUGACGCUGAGAUCCGUUACGGUUGCCGUGAAUAUGCAAGAACCGCAAUUGAUAUGAUUGCCAGACGAUUGCGACUCGCUUUCCUCAACGUCCAAGCGUCACAGGAAGCUCUACCGGGUAUCAUCGACAUAAUGGCGGAAGAAUUGAAAUGGUCACCGGAUGAAAAGAAAAAACAACAGCAGCAGGCCAGUGAAUUUUUAGCAAACGAAAUGGGACAAAUGGUCAAUCGCGCGUCACGUGACAAAAUUCCGAUCAAUCUCACGAAAGAUGAAAUUCAGUUGUACAUAAAACGAUUCCAGAUUAUCGACAAAGAUCGCAAAGGAUACGUAUCAAUAAAUGACAUUCGCCGCGGACUUAAGGCCCUUGGAAUAAAACUAAAGGAAGAAGAGAUGCAUUUGUUGCUCGGAGAAAUAGAUCUCACCUAUAACGGCCAAAUGGAACUUCAAGAUUAUUUGCAGCUAUUCGGCGACAAGGACGUUCCCGGCGAAGAGCUCCACGAAAUACUUCGCGAAAUCGACACUAAUAUGAACGGUCAAGUCGAGCUGGACGAGUACCUUCAGAUGAUGUCAGCAAUUAAAUCUGGACACGUCGCGUACUCGCGAUUCGCGCGGAUGGCCGAGAUGGAAGAAGCGCAACACGAGAAAGACGUUCUGAAGAAGAAAAUAAGUGUUGAGAGAUCAGGCGGAGGUCUUUGAAGUGGCUACGAAAAGUCAAACAAAACUUUAUACUUCAGUCCUCAUAAAUUAUUUUCACCUCAUUUUAGGAAAAAAUUAUCGACUAUCUCACUCUAUAUUUAAUAUUUAUUGUAGAAAUUAAUUUAAUGCCUGGAUAACUCGAUAUCUCGGUCAUAAAUAAUUUAUAAUAAUAAUAAUAAAUAAUAAUAAUGACAGCAACGCGAAUACUAGUCAGCAGGUGCGUUAGUAUUCUUAAAGAAUUUUAAAAAAAUAUUAAAUAAUCUGCAUCGCAUCAAGUUAUUGGCCACUGGCCAACUGGGUAAAGAAAAAAUAAUGUUUGACGAAGUAUUCUAAUACAACACUUUUCUUCAUUCACUAAUAAGGAACUCGUUCACGAAAGCUUAAAUAUAAUAACGAUAAUAAUAAUUAUAAUAAAUACUAAUAAUAAUAAUAAAUAAUUGUUAUUAUUAAUAAUGUACUGAUUAUGGUGCCGUCUUGCGCUUUUAUAAAUUGAUAAUUUAAUUACGCGCGAAGAGGAUAAUAAAUCUAUUAUUAAUAUUUAAAUAAAAUUACAAUAAUAUAGAAAAAAAAAAAAUAAUAAUAAAUUGAUAUCUAGUCUUUAAAUUAUAAUACUUAAAAAACGAUAUCGAGGAUCGAGUUGAGUGUUGAAAAUCAAAGGAUAUAUUAGACUAUUAUUAUUAUUAUAUAUAUAU